UGUGAGUUACCUCAUUUAAUCUUUUAAGUUUCUUUGCAGAGUAGGCAUGAUCAUCUCCCUUUGCCUUUUACAGAAGAGGAAACUGAGGCUUGGGUUAAGUAGCUUGCAGUUAUAUUGUAGGAACAUCGUGUGCCCAAGCCCAAGGUUGUAAUGUCUAGAUCAUUAAUGUCUAGAUCAUUAAGGCCAGAAAGAAGAUACUGAGCACAUGGCCUGAGCACGUGGUCAAGGUUGUACCUUGCUCAGCACUUGUUGGGUGCCUGCCUUUGCUUCCCAUGCCUUUAUCAAUUUUCUCAGGUUACUCCCAGGUAUGGUAGCUAACCCAGCAUUGUUUCAGCUGUAUGUCAUUAACGAUUCUACAGCUUUAUUUUACGUGCAAACUUUCUCCCAGUUGGAAAUGAGUUUUUAAAUGACUCACAGGUCUGUGGUUUGGAGCAGAGCUGACUCUGAUCUUUGCAGCUAACUAGCUCCUUCUUCCUUAGGGACAACGGUGGCCAGACUGCACGUGGCCAUGAGCGCUUCUCAGUACUCCUAGGCUGAGGCUGGGCUGGCAGCCAUGAGGCUGGGUGGGCCCCAGGCCUGGCUGUUGAGCUUGCCCACAGCCGUGGUCUACGGCUCCCUGGCCCUCUUCAUCUCCGUUCUGCACAACGUGUUCCUGCUUUACUAUGUGGACACCUUUGUCUCAGUGUACAAGAUCAGCAAAGCUGCCUUCUGGGUCGGAGAGACGGUGUUUCUCCUGUGGAACAGCCUCAACGACCCCCUCUUCGGCUGGCUGAGUGACCGUCAGUUCCUCAGCUCCCAGCCCCGGUCGGGCACUGGGCUCUCCUCGAGGGCUGUGGUGCUUGCACGGGUGCAGGCACUUGGCUGGCAUGGGCCGUUGCUGGCGGUGUCGUUCCUGGUGUUCUGGGUGCCCUGGGCCCCAGCUGGCCUGCAGUUCUUGCUGUGCCUGUGCCUAUAUGAUGGCUUCCUGACUCUCGUGGACCUGCACCAUCAUGCCUUGCUGGCUGACCUGGCCCUCUCAGCCCACGACCGCACCCACCUCAACUUCUACUGCUCCCUCUUCAGUGCAGCUGGCUCCCUCUCUGUCUUUGCCUCCUACGCCUUCUGGAACAAGGAGAACUUCUCUUCCUUCCGUGCCUUCUGCGUGGCACUGGCCGCUGGCUCUGGGCUGGGCUUUGUGGGGGCCACACGGCUGCUGAGGCGGAGGGUUGAGGCGGCUGGUAGGGAGCCAGGGUGUCCAGAUCUGGCUGCGGAUAGUGGCCUGUAUGGAGAGGAGCUGCUUGUGGGCGGCGAGGAGGCUGGCAGCAUCACCUUGGGCCAGUACCUCUGGCAGCUGGCACAUCACCGGAACUUCCUGUGGUUUGUGGGCAUGGACCUGGUGCAGGUCUUUCACUGCCACUUCAACAGCAACUUCUUCCCCCUCUUCCUGGAGCACCUGUUGUCGGACCACAUCUCCCUUUCCACGGGCUCCUUCCUGUUGGGCAUCUCCUAUGUCGCUCCCCAUCUCAACAACCUCUACUUCCUGCCCCUGUGCCGGCGCUGGGGUGUCUACACUGUGGUGCGGGGGCUCUUCCUGCUUAAGCUGGGCCUGAGCCUGCUCAUGCUUCUGGCUGGCCCCGACUGCCCCGGCCUGCUCUGCCUCUUCAUUGCCAGCAACCGUGUCUUCACUGAGGGCACGUGUAAGCUACUGACCUUGGUGGUCACUGACCUGGUGGAUGAGGACCUGGUGCUGAACCAUCGCAAGCAGGCGGCCUCAGCGCUCCUCUUUGGCAUGGUGGCUCUGGUGACCAAGCCAGGCCAAACCUUCGCCCCACUGCUGGGCACCUGGCUGCUGUGCUUCUACACAGGUCAUGAUCUCUUCCAGCAGCCCCUACUGACUCCUCUGGGGAGUGCCCAACCCUGGCCAGAGCCCCCAGCCCCACCUCCGGUUCAGGCCCCGACACUCCGCCAGGGCUGCUUCUAUCUGCUGGUGCUGGUGCCCAUCACCUGUGCUCUUCUGCAACUGUUCACCUGGUCCAAGUUCACACUGCACGGGAGACGCCUGCACAUGGUCAAAGCCCAGCGCCAGAAUCUGUCACAAGCCCAAACCCUGGACAUUAAGACAGUGUGAGAGGUGUGGCAUGGCCACCCUGAUGAGGACACUACCCACAGCUCUGGGCAGGAGCCACUUUUGCAAGCCUGGUUUCCUGCUCCCCUGCCUUCCUUGGGUGCAGCCUGGAGGACAAAUGGCAGAAUGGGAGCUCCUGGCUCUGAGCCAAGAGUGUCACUGGGUCUAAGAUCUUGCUUGGCCAUCUGGCCCAGCUUGGGCAAGGGCUGGGCCAAAUUUGCUCAGGGACCUGCUUCCCCCUAUGGAGUAGGAGUAAGAAAAGGACCAAGAGGGAAUGGGAUUGCCCUGUGGUCUCAUGGGAUUGCCACAGGGCACAGAAGCCUAACCCACUGCCUGGCUGGGGCUCACACUUCAUGUGUGCUCAGGAACCACUUUUGGUACUGCAACUGCUCCCUUUCAUCCAGUCAGGGGAGCUGACUGUAAGUCCCACCCACCCCCUCUCUCUACCCUUCUAGUGGUUUGUCUGGUUCUCUGCUUCAGCUGUGCCUGAAGUAGCAUGCCCCUGCUGCUGACUGCUGCAGGGUUUCUUCACCCCCACCUGGCCUUCAAAGAGGUUCAGCUCAGCAGACGGAUUAAAGUCAUUCUGUUCCUGUUCCCAUACCUGAGGUCUGUGCUGUGUGUGGGAAUGGGGGGUUGGAUAAGUUCCUCAUUUAAUAUGAAAAGCACUCACAGCAUUUUUCCAAAGGUGAGUUGGGGGGCCACCCACAUCAGAUUCACAGAGAUGGCAGGGAAAACACGUGGACUGGUAAUGCAAGGGCACUUGGGAGCAAAAGGCUUUCAGGCCUGUGGUCAUAGCCCCAGGGCACUUCCGUGUACCACUGCUGGACAUUGCAGUCAAGGAAGAGAGGCAACUCUUAGUCCAGAGCCCUCAACCUUGGAGACACCAGGGAGCUUUCAAAAAUGGUGAUAUCUGUGUUCCAUUCCCCAGGUUCUGCUUUCAUGGGUCUGGAGUUCAGCCUGGGCACUGGGGUUUUGGAAAACUCUGUGGUGAUUUUACUUCUGCUCUAGGACAGUGUUUCUCAGCCUUGGCACCCCUGGCCUCUGCUUAGAUGCCAGUAGCAGCCCCCUUCUCCCAUUGUCACAACCAAACGUUUCCAGGUAUUGGCAAAUGUAUAUGGGGGGCAAAACUGACCUUGAUGGAGAACGGCUGCUUUAGGUCAAUGGUUUGUGGAAGGUCUGCAUAGUGUCUAAGAGCGUAGGCUCUAGGGCUACAUUGCCUGGGUUCAAAUCUUAGCUAAUAAAGGGCACAGCUUUGGGAAAUUAUGUGACUUCUCUGUGGCUCUACUUCCUCAUCUAUAAAAUGGAUGAUAAAAAUACACUAUGUAAGGUCAUUGGAUCAAAUGGAUUAACAAUUGUAAAGUGGCUGGCAAUUUCCCAAGUAUAUAGGUUUAAAAUGGAGAACUGAUUAAUCAGAAUAUCUGAGCAUGGGCCCCAGGAACUGCAUUUUAAUAAGCUCUUGAGCUUCUUGUACACAUGGAAGUUUUGAGAGCCUCUGAUUUCAGGG